AAUGGUUGUAUUACGCCGUUGCGUUUAUUGCUAUAGCAACUGAACAUCCGCAUUUAAUUUCCUGCAACAGUUUAUUGUACAGCUAGCUCCUCGCCCACACACUACUGUAAUACCAUAGAACCUACAAACCAAUAAACCCCUUUAUAGCUCAUUAACCAUUGUGAGGAACAAACCAUCGGAUGGAUGUGUCACUGUCUAUUCACUUUAAACACAAUUGCUGGAAGAAACCUAGUCUUGAAAUCAAGUCGGUAACUGUUGUGCAUGCAGUCUUGAGACUGCUUGGAGCUACUCAUAGGCAUUACUGACAGACAAAUUAACACUGACUAAAGACUUGUCAUCAAGUCUAGAAGAAGCCCUGCAGUCUGAAGACCGCUACCAUUAGGUCAAUGAGCUCACUCAUGUUUAGACUGCUGAGGGAAUACUCUACCUAAACACAACUUCGGCUGAUUUCAUUUCGUGUAGAAUUGUCUCAACUGAUUUUGAACUUGGGACAAGUUGACCAUUUUACUUUCUGGAGAUUUGAACAGCUAGACUCUUGCUGUUAAAGAUGAGGUUUCUAUUGCAAGUUGCUUUGAUUUUAUUUGGUACGUUUUUGACGUUCGCUAAUGGCCGGCCUGAUUUGAAUGGAGACAAGGAGACCGAUCUUAUCUGGCAUCUCCAUAAACCUAGACGUGGUGACAUAGAUUUGUCUCGGCCGGGAACUUGUCCUACAGACGUGGACGUAGCUGGUUUGAGCUCUUCCGCAUGUACGCUGCAAUGUUUGUUCGAUCUGGAGUGCCAGGGUUCAGAGCGAUGCUGCCCCGACGAUUGUGGUGGUACAUUUUGCGUAGCUACUGCCGAGCAACAAGUAACUAGCACUGUAGCAACCACAUUGAAACCACAAGCCGGGAAAACACCAGAAAACCUGCUACCAGACCGGACAACCUCUGUCGCUCGCGGCAACACCGAGCCCACACUGAAAGCGUCUACAACAGUACUAUCCAACACCUUCAGUUCCAUCAGUACUAGUUCUACUACAGGGAAGACAACUGAAAGCGCAACUCAAUCCAGUAAUGGCCCCACCCCGUCCCCUUCCAGCAGCGACUAUGACACAGACAUUUUUGUCGGCGGAGAACAGGUGGUCAAUAUGACAGUGAUGGCAAACAAUGACUUGGUUCUUCACUGCAAUAUAUCCACAACGAGUAAAGAGCCAUUAGAGAUGAUGUGGAUGAUGAGAGUUGAACGUGGAUACCAAACGUGGUCAGUCGUGGUGCCAAAGGACAAAGCAGAAGUCCACAAGGGUGGUGCCUGGCUGGAGAUCCUUGGAGUCAAUUUGGAGGACUCCAACAGCUACGUUUGUCUUGGCGGUCACUCAAGAGGCUACUUGACCAAAACGUAUAACGUCAUGGUCAUUGAAGACAUCGCUGAGAUUCCCGAAGAAGACGCAUGCAUUGGUGGCGACGCCUGCCAGAAUGGGGGAACCUGUGUUAACAAAUCCCGGACCCCAAGUUAUAAAUGCAAGUGCAAAGCUGGCUUUGAAGGAAAACAUUGCGAAUUCACCGUCAAGAAGCGUCAUUGUCGGUCAGAUACCUGUCUCAACGGAGGACUUUGCAUUGACAAGGGGGAAACUUUCCAAUGUAUCUGCGAGGAUGCGUUUACCGGGGAGAGGUGCAAAGAGGCGGUUACUGGUGAGGCUACGGACGGCAAGGUAACGACUUUGAGCCCGGUAGUCCAGACUACGCCGUCGAUGCCUGGUCUAUGCUUCCUACCUAUGGACCCCGGUAGCUGUGCUCGAAAGCAAAGCAAGUGGUACUACGAUACAGUUACUGAACAAUGCCGCUCAUUUGUUUACACCGGUUGCCAAGGCAACGAGAACAAGUUCCGAACCUACGAUGACUGCCAGUACGCAUGUCCGAGACUUUCAAGUGACCCUUGCUCUCACCCUAUCGUCACUGGGAGGUGCAAGGCUAAGAUUCCCAGAUGGGCAUACAGCACAGAGAGUGGGACAUGUGUUGAGUUUGUGUAUGGUGGCUGCGGACCAACUGGGAAUAAUUUCCUAAGUAAAGACGAGUGCAUGGAAACUUGCAUAGAGGAUGGAGUGCCAAAUGAACCUUGUUCAUGCAACCCAAGAGGUCUGGGUUCAGCAUUUUGCAACAGUGAUUUCGUGAUAAUCGGUACCGUCCGUGGAAAAGUAUCAACCCAUGGUCAGCUGACGUCACUAGUCGUAGAGCUCAUGAAAGUAUACAAAGGGGGCGCCCUAACACUCAGAAGGUCUCGGUUCUUUCAAGAACCACUUCUGAUAGUCAAGAACCGGUACCAGGAGACGAGACAGUGUCAAAACCAAUGUUUUGGGGAUAUUGAAGACGGGAAGAAAUACAUUUUCACUGGAACCUUGACGAGACAGCGUGGUACAACUGCUGCAUUUCUAACCCCACGAAGCUACGUUAAGCGCGCUGUUGCCAAACGCGCCGUUAAACUGGAGAGGAUGGCCGAUCAACCAUCGACAUGUACUAACAAUCAGAUGGUGACUUCCGAACUCAAACAAUUAAGACCGUGAGCAAAUAAUGUACUUUACCAAUAGAGGAAACAAACGUUUUCCUUUAAGAAAAUGUCCAGUUCAAAAAUGUACAUGAGUCUAGAUUCUGUCCCAGGGGCUGACUUCACAAUGAGUUUUAUAAGACCUACUUCACCGAAAACAGCAAGUCGUGAUCUUUGCUGAAUUCGUUUAAAAUGUUUUUCAAUCAAUAAGGAAAUUGAGUUUACAUGAUAAUAAUGGAUUUUAGUAGUGAAAAAAGAAACACUGUGCAUACCCAAUUAUCCAGUGCUAUUCAAACAGGUUCCCAAAAAGCUCUGUUACUUCAUCACUCAUAUAAAGUACUUCUUUAAGAUAAACAAUUCCUAAGUAAAUUUUGAUGUCACAAUAUAUUAUCAUCGUGGCAAUGAUAACAACUCAUCAUUAAAAUAAAUAUGUAGUGUUUGUGAAAUCAAGCCCUGGUCCUCAGUACACUUAUACUCAAAAUCCGGGUCAAAUCGGGACUUUAAAAGUUUUCAGAGUACUUAGCUUAUUACACAAAGCUAGUUCACUUUAUUCACCUUACAUGUGUCAAAGUUGACUUCAUUUAUGUAUCUCAUGGUUACCUUUCAACCGUUUUAUAAUAAUAUAUUCACAUGCAAUUUGUUUUAUGUUGUUAUCUCAGAUCAUUCAAGGGAGUUUUGUUGUUAAUUUUUGGUCGAACAAAAAAACAACCAUAAUAGAGCGGGAUUAGAAGUUGUGACCUCCGGGUCAACAAUCCAGCGCUAAAGACCUUUAUCACGGUGUGGCCAUCUUGAUUUUACUCCAUUUCAACUCAUUAACCAAACUGAGGGUGAACGGAAUAAUAGUCUGGUGUAAUGUUUGAGCAUUGAAUGUUAGCAUUCAUUACCGUUAUUGGAAAUAGGGAACAUGACCGAGAGUGUGAUAGCGUGAUAAAGGUCUAUACCAACUGAUCUAUAUCCCUAAACCGGCGGUCUCCCUACAAUUGAUUGAGAUCUUUUUUUUUUAUCAAAAAAUAUGUCUGAAGUAAAGUGUUGUUUUAACAAUAUUUGAUGAAUAAAAAACUUU